UUCAAUCCGCAGUCCAUCCAAGAAACUGGUGACUAUCAUAGUGGCUUCAGCCAUUUCGGGAUUGCUUGUAGUGGGCAUGACAUUGAGCAUAAACUGGAAGAGAAGAAUGAAAAGACGAGCCCUUGAAGGCAUGCCAAGUGGGACAGAUGACAUUGACUUGCCAUUAUAUGAUUUCGCUACUGUUGCUGUUGCCACCAACCAUUUCUCCCAAACAAACAAGCUAGGAGCAGGCGGCUUCGGUUCGGUCUGCAAGGGAAGUCUUUCCACAGGACAAGAAGUAGCAGUGAAAAGACUGUCAAAAUUUUCUGGGCAAGGUCCUGAUGAGUUUAUGAAUGAAGUCGUUCUAAUUGCCAGACUUCAGCACCGGAAUCUUGUUGGACUUGUUGGCUGCUGCAUUGAGGGUGAAGAAAGAAUGUUAAUUUAUGAAUACAUGCCUAACAAAAGCUUGGAUUAUUUCAUUUUUGAUAAUGAUAGAAGCUCCUCUUUGGCAUGGAAAAGGCGAUUUGACAUUGUUUUAGGAAUCGCCCGAGGACUUCUCUAUCUCCACCAGGAUUCAAAACUACAAAUUAUCCACAGAGACCUUAAAGCGAGUAACAUUUUGUUAGAUGAUGACAUGAAUCCAAAGAUUUCGGAUUUCGGCCUGGCAAGGAACUUUCAAGGAGAUGACACGGGCAAAGACUAGAAGGAUAGUUGGUACAUAUGGUUACAUGUCCCCAGAGUAUGCCUUUGACGGAAAUUUCUCUGUGAAAUCUGACAUUUUUAGCUUUGGUGUGCUUUUGUUAGAGAUGGUCAGUAGCCAAAGGAAUAGAGGAUUCCAACAUCCUGAUCAUUAUCACAACCUUCUCGGGCACGCAUGGUUGCUAUGGAGUGAAGGGAGGGCCAUGGAACUCAUAGAUGUAUCUUUAUGCAACUCUGUUGUUGAGUCUCAAGUAGAGAGAUGCGUUCACGUGGGCUUGUUAUGUGUUCAAAAGUUUCCUGAAGAUAGGCCAAUAAUGUCUAGUGUUGUUUUCAUGUUGGCAAAUGAAGGAGCAACCUUGCCGCAGCCCAAAGAGCCUGGUUUCUUCAUGGAGAGGCGUUCAGGUAGCUCAAAAUCAUCUUUGGUUAAGGAAGAAGCCUACACAACCAAUGUUCUAACGGUCACAUUGACAGAAGGUCGAUAGAAAUGCCAUUGAGGAUGUUUCUGCAGAUUGUAGACCGGCAUAUGAUAGUGUAAAGUUCAAUAGUAAAUUUGUCAAACAGGGUACUGAAAGUUUCAAUACUCAAUUUUAAGUAUUGAAAAUAAAAAUGAAAAGUUGUUUGGUGAUAAUUGUCAAGUUACAGCUAAAUGUUAUUGAUUUCUUACAAAGGUAUAAUAAUGACAAUUAUUC